GUUUCUGCCCAAUGUACUGUGGUGAACUUCAUCGUCACUCCCGAGGGCCUCGAGGAGCAAGUGUUGGCCAUGGUGGUGAACUGCGAGAAGCCGCAGCUCGAGGAGGAGAAGCAGACGCUGGUUCGACGGCAGAACGAGUACAAGGUGGUGCUGAGCAGGCUGGAGGACGAGCUCUUAUCCCAGCUGUCUGCUGCCGAUCCGACGACCAUCCUGGACAACUUGCCCCUCAUCGAGGGCCUUGAGAAGACGAAGCAGACAAGUCGCGAAAUUGGCUUGCAAGUGGCGGAGGCGCAGAAGACGGAGGUUGAGAUCAAUCACUCCAGAGAACUCUACCGGCCCGUGGCAGCGGAAGGUUCCAUGCUUUUCUUCUUAAUCAACCAGCUCUGUGUGGUGCAGCACAUGUACCAGUACUCCCUGGACGCCUUCAACAGCUUCUUGCAGAAGGCCAUCGACCGCACCCAGGGCUCGGAGGAGGUUUCGGAGCGCACGGAGCUGCUCAUCGCAUCGGCCCGGCUCACCGUCUUCCGCUGGGUCAACCGGGGCCUCUUCGAAGACCACAAGCUCAUCUUCUGCACGAUGCUGGCUUUCCGCCUGCUCUCCUUGCGACAGCUCCAGGAGGACUUCGUGGUGAGCCACUUCAGCUUCCUGCUCCGGGCGCCCUCGGCGCCGGUCUACGAGAACCCUCUGGACUGGCUCCCCAACAAGAGCUGGGCCAUGGUCCUGAAGUUGGUGGAACUCGAAGGCUUCGAGAACUUCGCGCAGAACAUGGAGCGCGAUGCUCCGAACCGCUUCCGGGAUUGGAUGGCCGAAGCCGCCCCGGAGGAUGCCAAGCUGCCGCUGGAUUGGAAGACGCUGGACGCAAAGUACUUUCGGAAGUUGCUGGUAAUCCGCUGUCUUCGGCCGGACCGGAUGUCCAUCGCGCUGGCCAAGUGGAUAAGGCAGAGCCUUCCAAGCGGCAGAGAUUACAUUGACUGUGAUGCAUCGCUGUCUUUCUACAAGGUGCUCCAGUCGUCUUAUGAGGACUCCACCAGUAACACACCCUUCUUCUUCAUUCUGUCGCCGGGGGCAGAUCCCGUCAAAGAGGUGGAAGCCUUGGGCAAGGUCCUGAUUGGCUUGCAGGCCAACGUGAACUACCACAAUGUCGCCAUGGGCCAGGGCCAGGAUGAGAUCGCUAUGCAAAAGCUGGAGUUAGGAUCCAAAGAGGGACAUUGGGUCAUGCUCCAAAAUAUCCACUUGAUGCCCUCCUGGUGUGCCACGUUGGAGAAGAGGUUGGAUGCCUUCGCAGUUGAGAACAGCAGCCCCUACUUCCGGCUCUUUCUCUCUGCGGACCCCUCUUUGGGAAUCCCCAUUGGCCUGCUGGAGCGGUCCAUCAAGCUCACCAACGAACCGCCCCAGGGCCUCCAGGCCAACCUCAGGCGCUCCUUCGCGCUCUUCAACCGGGAGGAGUUCGACGAGCGGGACAGCAAGAUCAAGUCCAUCUUGUUUGCUUUGUGCCACUUUCACUCCUUGAUGUUGGAGCGGAAGAAAUUUGGGGCCUUGGGCUACAACAUGAAGUACCCGUUCUCGAACGGCGAUCUUCGCGACUCGGCCUCCGUUCUCUACAACUACUUGGAGGGCUCCACGGCGGUGAAGAUCCCAUGGGAGGACCUGAGAUAUAUCUUUGGGGAGAUCAUGUACGGAGGGCACAUUGUUGACGACUGGGACCGCAGGAUGUGCCAGAAGUAUCUGACAUACUUCAUGCAGGACGAGAUCUUGGACGAGAUGGAGCUCGUUCCCUAUGCUGAUGGGCAGCUCAGCUGGAAGUCCCCCGGCCCCGGAACGCAUGAGAAAUACCUGGAGCACAUCGAGACGAUGCCGGCGGAGUCGCCCCUGUUCUUUGGGAUGCACCCCAACGCGGAGAUCGACUUCCGCACGAAGAUGUGUGACACCAUCUUCGAGCUCUUGCAGCUGAUCCAGCCCAAACGCAGCCCGGGAGAGGCUGCUGAGGAGCAGUCGCCCAUGGCCGCUGCUGAAGAGAUGUGCAACGAAAUUCUGGAUGAGGUUCGAGAGGUUCGAUUCAACGUCGAGGAGAUCUCUGCGCAGCUGAGCGAGGAGGAGCGAGGGCCGUACCAGUUCGUGAUGAUGCAGGAGUGCGAUUGCAUGAACUGCCUGGUUCAGGAAAUGGUGCGGGGGCUCAACGAGCUUCAGCUUGGAUUCAAAGGAGAGCUGACCAUGAGCGAACACAUGGAGCAGCUAGCGGAGGCCUUGUCGGAGCAGAUCUUGCCUGUCUGGUGGGUGAAGCUGGGCUUCCCCUCCACGCGGCCUCUGAGGUCUUGGCUGGUGAACCUCAAGGACCGUUGUGCGCAGCUGGAGGAUUGGUCUGCCGAGCCCAUCCACAUCCCCAAGGUGGUGGACGUCUCCAAGCUCUUUAACCCACAGAGCUUCCUCACGGCCAUCAAGCAAGUCUGCUGCCAGAGCGUGAACCUGGAGCUGGACCGCUUGCACGUCUUCACCGAGGUCACAAAGCGCUUGGACCCAAAGAUGGUCGACAGCCUGGCGCGCGAAGGGGCCUACGUCACGGGCAUGUAUUUGGAGGGUGCUCGCUGGGAUGCGAACGCCAACUGCUUGGAGGAUUCGCGACCGAAGGACAUGUUCACACGGCUGCCAGUUAUCAAUUGCAAGGCCGGUUUGCAACAGGAGAAGGAAGACAAGAACAUGUACAUGUGCCCCACGUACUGCGUGCCGACACGCAGGCCACACUUCGUCUUCGUGGCCCAAUUGAGAACAAAACAACCUGCCGCCAAGUGGGUAUUGGCCGGUGUGGCGAUCAUCCUCGACAUCGGAAGCUAG